AAAACUCGUUUCUUGCCAUCUUAAAACCCUAAUCAUGUCAAAACUCAAUCAAUAUAUAAACCCGCUACUCCUCUUGUACAGAUCAACUCAAUCUCUCUCUAUCUCUCUCUAGCUCUCUCUCUCUUGCUCACGAACAACGCUCUGUGAUCAACAACGCUCGUUUUUGAUACUCAUAAUAUUGUUUUUGAUUUUCUUAUACUAAUCCCUGUAUUGUAGGCUUGAGGUUCUUUUUUUUUUUUUUUUAUAGUUUGAAUUCGAUUUUAUUGUUAUUAUUUUUUGCAUAUAUAUAUAUAUAUUUUUGUGAAGUAAUGGAUGCAGGUUCUGUGAAUUCUUCUUCUUCUUCUUCUUCUUCAAUGUUGAAAACACAGUCUCGUUGCCCUCUUCAAGAACAGUUUCUUCAGAGAAAGAGUUCUCGGGAAAAUCUGGACAGAUUCAUACCCAAUCGAUCUGCAAUGGAUUUCGAUUAUGCCCACUACAUGCUGACUGAAGGAAGAAAAGGUAAGGAAAACCCGGUAAGUUCAUCUCCAUCAAGAGAGGCCUACAGGAAGCAUCUAGCAGAAACCUUCAACAUGAACAGGAGUCGGAUCUUAGCUUUCAAGAACAAGCCUCCUGCCCCAGUUGAGACAUUCCCUCGUGAGUUUGCUUCGGCACCUGUGGAAAAAGCAGUAAAAUCCCGGCGUUACAUUCCUCAGUCUUCCGAGCGGACAUUGGAUGCUCCUGAUCUUGUAGAUGAUUACUACUUGAAUCUCUUGGAUUGGGGGAACGCAAAUGUUCUAGCAAUAGCUCUAGGAAACACAGUAUAUCUGUGGGACGCUACAGAAGGCUCUACUUCGGAACUUGUUACUGUUGAUGAUGAAAGUGGUCCUGUUACAAGCGUUAGCUGGGCUCCAGAUGGAAGGCACAUUGCCAUUGGUAUGAACAAUUCCGAAGUACAGUUAUGGGAUUCAGCUUCUAACAAACAGCUGAGAACUCUUAAAGGUGGACACAGAGCUCGUGUAGGCUCACUAGCAUGGAACAGUCACAUUUUAACAACAGGUGGAAUGGAUGGUCGGAUUAUCAACAACGACGUAAGAAUUCGAUCACACAUUGUUGAAACCUACAGAGGACAUGAACAAGAGGUUUGCGGGCUUAAAUGGUCAGCAUCAGGGCAGCAACUAGCAAGUGGUGGGAAUGAUAACCUCCUCCACAUAUGGGACAGAUCAACUGCUUCUUCAAAUUCAGCAACUCAGUGGCUUCACAGGCUUGAGGACCAUACAUCUGCAGUUAAAGCCCUUGCUUGGUGUCCAUUCCAGAGCAACUUGCUGGCGACCGGUGGAGGUGGCAGCGAUCGUACCAUUAAGUUCUGGAACACACACACUGGUGCUUGCCUCAACUCAGUUGACACUGGCUCUCAGGUUUGUGCUUUGCUGUGGAACAAGAAUGAGCGAGAGCUGCUUAGCUCCCAUGGGUUUACUCAGAAUCAGCUCACUCUUUGGAAGUACCCUUCAAUGGUUAAGAUGGCAGAGCUUACUGGCCAUACCUCUAGAGUUCUUUAUAUGGCCCAGAGCCCAGAUGGUUGCACAGUAGCUUCAGCAGCUGGAGAUGAAACACUUAGGUUUUGGAAUGUUUUUGGGGUCCCAGAGGUGGCUAAACCUGCUCCAAAAGCCAACGCAGAGCCUUUUGCUCAUUUGAAUCGCAUUCGGUGAGGAGUUGAUGGUAGCAUGAACCAGAAGAGUUGCAGGAGCAUGAUGAUAAGCAUGAACCAGAAGAAAGAAGAUGAUCCAUUUUAACAAUUCGACUUGUUUUCAGCAUUGUAGGAUGAAUCAGAAGAGUGCAUAAGCCAGAAGUUUGAUAGCAUAAACCAAUUGACGAGGAAUUUGAUGAUAGCAUAAACCAGAAGAGUUGCUCAUUAGAGUCGCAUUUGAUGAUGAGCAAACCAGAAGAAGGUGUUCCCUUUGAACAAUUUGAUGUGUUUUCAGCAUAGUGUAUAUUUCUUUGAAUAAUACAAUUCAAUGUGUAUUCUUAUCCAUAUACAUAAAAGAACAACAGUUUGUUGUAUUUCAGCUUCUAUACCAAUUUGUAUUCAUCAAUUCUUUGCUA